AUGGCUGAGCCACGAUACCGUUAUUCGGGUCGUAGGUCGCCUCAGUUUAACCCCGCGCGAGCAUCGAUGCCUGUGAGCAUUGGAUAUAACCCUCAUUACAGCGGGGAUCUUCAUACGGUUCAGACGGCUCGUUAUGAUGCCGCUGUUCCAAGAAGAGCGACUGAUCAUAAAGCGCCUUCUAAUCCUACUGCUACUAUCACCACUUAUAACGUUACUAAAGAGCCUGCUGCUACUGCCGCCGCCACCGCCGCCGCGCAACGAAGUUCUAAUUCCAAUACAUCCCGUCGUCGUUCGUCAACGGUAGAUACCAAUCCUGUGAAGCCCAUUAUAGUUACUACCAAUCAUGCUACUCGGCCUCACGGUACCUCUUCUCAUACAUCCUCUGCCGCGCGUACAACUAGUCCGUCGCGCGAUCCCUACCGGUCAAGCGAUGAAACCUACUAUACGCAACCGGCCUCUUCAAUACGUUCUCGAAGCCAGGCUCGAUAUGGCCACGGCUAUACUCAAAGCGCAACCUUAAGCAAUGAAGAGUUCUCACGAUUAAGGGAGCGAGUAGGCGACGACAGACUUCGACCACCAACGCAUGUCGCAACCGAUUAUUACCGCUCUUCACUUCCUCAUGCCAAUUAUACGACUCCUUCUUUCGACCUUAACAAUACGGCAGUUGUCGAUUAUGAUAAUGAAGGUUAUGAGUAUACAAAACCGAGCGAUUUGGCAAGAUACGAUUUAGAUCAUGAUCGCCAACUACCGCAUAGAAAUCGAAAGGAAAGCCUUGAUCGUUCUUACCACCGUCCUACCGUAAACGUCGUGAGUAAUGAUCUGGGUCGUUACGAUACUCGCGGUCGCGGACCACCACCUGCAUCUAGCGCACUCGACCGUUACAACAGAACUACAGCCACAGGUAUUUAUGAUCGUCCUACUGUCACUAUGCCUGCUUUACCACCGCCGGUACCUGCUGCUCCGCCGGUUGAUCCUCUACGUCGGAUUGAAGCUCCGAGAGACCCGUCGCCAGACCGUAAAGCACCUCGACCGCGCCCAGUUUCUUUAUAUCAAGAAACGCCAGCGCGCAUGUCGCAUCCUGAUGAAGUUUACCGCUCCCACGAUGAUGAGCGCGUGCAUCGUCGCCAAGAUCGUAAGGACGGGUACCGCGAUGAUGAGGUUCCUGCUCGCGGAUUUGGGAUUCGCACGAAUACGCUGGAACCGGAGCGCUCGGAUCGUCCAGCAAGGUCAGUUGAUCGGCGCGACUACGAUGAUCGACGGCAGCGACGAGAUGUAGCAGAGCGCGAGCCUCGACGCCGCUCUGAUGAGUCGAUCGACUAUACUCGGAGUCAUGAUUCCCGAAAGCCUACUGAGGACACCGUAGGCCGAGCCAACUCAGUCCGGGAUCAAAGAGACAGCACCACCCAGAAGAACGGCGCAGGCGGCCGAACUCGUGAUAAAGUCGCUGCCGGAUUAAGUGUCGCUGCUGCGGCGGUGGGCCUUGCACCCAGGGACACUACUAAGGAUGAUGACCGGAAGGUUUCUCCACGACGACGGGACCCCGAUGAAGAUAAAGACGUCGGAAGCUCUCGCACCGCGGAUAAAUAUAAGCCUAAAGAGAAGGAUAUAGAACGAAAAGCAUCCCCUCGAGAAGAACCAGUCGCUGUAGACUCGCGACGGGAAUCCCGGAGAGAGCAGGUGGACACGACAUCAGGCUCUAAGGAGCGCGAACUUGAAAGGGAACGCGUCCGUGAGCGAGCCUAUGAGCGCGAACGGGAGAGGGAACGAGACCAGCGCGAGUUCGAGAAAGAACGGGAGCGGGAGCGAGAACGAGAACGAGAGCGAGAGCGAGAAAAAGAAGCACUACAGCGAGAACGUGAAACAGAACGAGAGGCCGAACGUGAACGCGAGCGCAACAGCCGGGAUGACAAAACAAGAGUUAACGGAUCCGCCGCGGCAGAUUCGAAAGACGACUCGUUAGUCGCCGACGACUCCACACCAGCACCGCGAAGGCGACGUCGUAACUCUUCGACCUUCGAUCCUACAAAUACAAUUGAUUUGCUGGAUGUAAAAGCGGAACUGGCCGCAAAAGAGGAUGAGGACAAGACAAAGGAUAAGCCAGCCUCUAGGGAGACAGUAUCAGACAAGGAGACAACUCGUUCCGCCUCUGUAGAACGUAUGUCGACCGGCUCGCGUGAAGAAUCCCGCGGCCGUGAUGCCGCCAUUGCAGAGAAGGAGAAGCAAGUCCGAGUUGUCUCGCCUCCACGAGACAAGUCCGAUCAGAAGCCUAUCAAGGGCAUCUUAAAGCCGCCAAGCGCAAAGUUCCCCGAGGAUCACAACCCUAUCCGAGAAGGCGUCGCGCCACACAAGGAUGACAAGACGAAGAAGGGUGUCCCACCAGGUGCCCGAUGGACCAAGAUCAACAGGAAACUAAUCAACCCCGCCGCUCUAGAGAAUGGCAAGGAGCGCUUCGAAGUCCGCGACGAUUUUGUCAUCGUUCUACGGGUUUUGACAAAGGAGGACAUUCAGAAAUACGCCAACGACACCGCCAAAAUCAGAGGUAGGUUCAAGUCAAGGCAACUAAUAAGCCUAACCCAUUUCUAUCAUAAGCACCUUACUAACGAGCGAGCAGCGGAGAAGAGAAGAGAAUACGAGAAGCAGUUCGGUCAGGAGCGUAACUACGAGUCCCACCGCGAGGACCGCGACUACUCGGAUGACGAGAGGCGUAUUCAUCACAACCCUCGCGAUAAGAACGACCAUGACUACAGGAAAUACCGUGACCGGGAUGACGAUAGAGAGCGCCCUCGCCGUACACACAGACACGGUUCGGACUCUGAGGAUGACACCCGGGGCCGUCGGGCAAUCGAAUACGAUGUCAGUAGCAACACCAGUCACGACACCCGCACCCACCGUUCUCACCGGGACUACGACUCCGUCUCUACCAAGGCAAGCGACAGGCGUUAG